AUGAAUCAACUCAUUUAUCUACUCCUGCCUGUAUUGAGUGCUAUUUUUGGGUUUGUAGCUAGUUUAGAGGAGGAUUGUGUAGAUUUUCAAGGCAACACAGUGGCUCACGGUCUCUUAUACGUUCCUGGACCCGGAGUAUGUAGUCUAUGCGUUUGUUAUCACUCAGAACCAUUGUGGUGUAAAUCGAUUUAUUGUGAUCCACCUUAUUUUUGUAAAAAAUUCCGAGUAGGUGAAAAGUGCUGUGAAUUUGAAUGUCUCGACGCCCCAGGAGAGAAUGCUAAGUAUGAGGAGCGCGUGAGACAAAAACAGAGAAUUUUAUCAGGCAUUAGUGGAGCCACAAUAUUAACGCCUUCAAAAACAUCAACUUCAUCAUCUGUGAUCAUUGGUUUAGGAUUUUUAUUUUACUAUUACGCAAUAAGUCUAAAUACAAGAUAUAGGAUGUUCCUACAAUGA